UAAAGAAUGAAUUAGUGGCUCUCGGGCAGCGUUUCCAUGCAACAGCGCAGAAAGCCCCGCAGCACACGGACGCACGGAUAGAUGCUGUAGACCGCGUUCACCGGGACUCAGAGCGCCUUUUAGAGCCGAUGGAGCGACAGGAUGAUGGGGAGGAUAGUGCCGAGGAUCCGGGAUCUCCGACCCUAGCUCGUGAGCACUCAGUCAGCCCACAGCAGGAGGUGUCUGCCAGCAUGAGGAGGAACGACAACUACCUGCCGGUCCCUGGCGAGGAGAAGAACCUGGAUGUGGACUUCAACACCACCGCCAGGAGCAACGAGUCCAUACCAAUGAAAAAUAUGUAUGCGGGUGACGGCUCGCCUCUGUCUUCACAACUUGGCCCAUACUUCUCUGACGGGCGGCGCCGGGUGGACUACGUGCUGGCAUACCAAAUCCAAAAGCCUGCCAGCAUCCGGCGCCAGUCCUCCAGGUUCGGAGAUAAUAACUUCAUCCGACGGUUCCGGCGCAGCCUGAGCAUGAGAAGCAGCCGUGCCCCCCUGCAGCCAAAAGAAGACCCUGAGAUUGCGGCCCAGGAUCAACGGACUGACUACCAUGAGGAUGACAAGCGCUUUCGGCGGGAGGAGUUUGAGGAAAACCUCCUGGAGACGGGGCUGGAGCUGGAAAAGGACGAAGCGACUAAGAUCUCUGGAAUUGGCUUCUUGAAGAUCCAUGCUCCUUGGAACGUUCUGUGUCGUGAGGCUGAGUUCAUGAAGGUCAAGAUGCCAACCAAGAAGGUACUCCACCCAUCGGUCAAUCGCCAAUUUGUCAAAUGCAUAUUUCCCGUAGCUUUUUCUUGUCAUUAGCAUAAUUGAACUGGUUCCCAGGGCUGCACUGCUUUGUGACAAGAGUGAAGACAAAUGUUUCCUGUUCUGAGGCCAAUUUGCGGUGAAAGCUCAAACAAGCCUUGUAAUGUUAAUUUGAUCCAACCGGAUUGCUAAAUGUUACGGGUGAGCGAAGCAAGCAGGACCCAAACGCAGAUAACACUGAAAAUACCUUUAUUUCAAGGAUAUGGAUAACACGGACAAUCAGAACACUCCCGGUGAACACAGUCACAGACAAACGACGAACCAACAAUGACAGACAGAAAAAACAGAACCUGG